AUACCCAUGUGAGGCUUCAAUAACAUCGGGGAAAUUACCUCCCCCCGUCUAAGCCUGCAGCCUCAGUCCUCAGCCUAGGUCCCCUCCACCACCUUCCCUCACUGCCCUGCACCAUGAACACCAGCCUGGCACUCUGAAAAAUCCGUUUUCUCCCACAUGACUUAGAGGUUUCACCUGUGGAUUAUACGGGGGACAAACAGGAUGAACACCAUGCACUGAGAGGGCCAGGAACAUCACCUGGGUGGAACCGAUAGGACUACACAGGCAGGAUAUCACCCACAUGACUAAAUCCCACUGAAGGUGCAGGAAGAGCGUCCACCCUGAAGCCACGAUGGACCUCCAGAACGAAGACGCUGUGCAGUCGAGCUCUCCUAAAGUCGUAAGCCAUGGUUUCAUGAGAGUCUUAAACCGUCCUGCACAAUGGCUGAUCAUCAUCGCUCUCCUGGCCUCAUGGUCAGCAGCCGGCGUUUUUAUGUUCGACUUUGUGAGCGACACCCAGCUGACCAAUCUUCAAGAUAUAGGUUCUGAUCCAAUGACAGCGGUCAAUAAAGCUGUUGAGGGCAUUGCAGACAGAAUGAGCCACAUGAAUGACAUGUUUAGCGAUGCUCAAGAGUACGUCCCUAACGUGAUCUCUGAUCCGAUGGGCGCUGUUGUCCAGUGGGCUGACACAUCUGUGACAUUUCUAUCAGGAAUACUUGGUUCUGGAGUCACUGACGUCUUUAAGCUCGGUACUGGUGCACUAGACGAAGUGAACGACUGGGUUCGGGCCCCAGUUGGCCGUCUGUUCCACAUGUUUGAAGACACGCUGAAUGUAGUGAUUGUCCAACCUCUGGAAAUUGUCGGUGAAGGAGCUACAUUUAUUUCAGAUGUAGCAGUGGCCAUCUCAAACUCUGUCUUAGGCCUGUUCAAGGGCAUUGGAGCUUGGAUUCCUGCGACGAGCACUAGUCCCGUGGACUUAGCCAACAAUGUUCUGGAAGGAGCAGGAAACCUCAAAAGCACCGUCUUUACAACUGUAUCCAACCUAUUUGCUGGCGAUGAAGGUGGCAUUCCUGACAUUAACUUUGAUCCCAUGAAAGUUGUCACAGACACUGUUGAGGAGUUUGCUGACAGAAGAGACAUGUUCUUGGCGUAUCUCUCUAACAUCCUGAUGGAAGAUAAAGAAGAGGCACCACAUGUGAUCCGAAGGAAAGGAGAAUUUCUGCCACCUAUGGAAAAAGUUCUAGAGCAAGAAAGAAUUGCUAAAGAGAAGAAAGCCAGGGAGGAGGUGUUCAAAGUCCUCCAAGAGCUGAGAGCUGAGAAGGCAAAGAAAGAAGAGAAGGAAAAAGUAGAGAGAGACAAGAAAAAAGGGAAAGAGAAAGAAGAGGCGAUGAAGGAAAAGGCUAAACUGAAAGAAAAGCCUGAAGCGGACAUUAGCGUGCUUCUCAAACCUAAAGAGCCAGUAAUCGUUGAGGACAGGAUUAAUGCUACAGUUAAAGAGCUUGUGAAAGAAAAGCCAACAGCAGUGCCAUCACACAAAGACAUGAGGGUCACCAUGGAGAAGGCUGAAGCAGUCAGAGUGAAGAAAGAAUCUGAACCUGCUCAAAAGGAAAAAGCAAAACCUGAACCUGCUCAAAAGGAAAAGGCAAAACUUGAACCUGCUCCAAAGGAAAAAGAAAAACAUGAACCUACUCCAAAAGAAGAUGUAAAAUCUGAAGCUGCUCCAAAGGAAAAGGCAAAACGUGAACCUGCUCCAAAGGAAAAAUCCAAACCUGAACCUACUCCAAAAGAAGAAGUAAAACCUGAAGCUGCUCCAAAGGAAAAAGUAAAACCUGAAGCUGCUCCAAAGGAAAAAAUAAAACCUGAACCUGUUCCAAAAGAAGAAGUAAAACCUGAAGCUGCUCCAAAGGAAAAGGCAAAAUCUGAAGCUGCUCCAAAGGAAAAAGUAAAACCUGAACCUGCUCCAAAGGAAAAAGCAAAACCUGAAGCUGCUCCAAAGGAAAAAGUAAAACCUGAAGCUGCUCCAAAGGAAAAAGUAAAACCUGAAGCUGCUCCAAAGGAAAAAGUAAAACCUGAAGCUGCUCCAAAGGAAAAAGUAAAACCUGAAGCUGCUCCAAAGGAAAAAGUCAAACCUGAAGCUGCUCCAAAAGAAGAAGUCAAACCUGAAGCUGCUCCAAAGGAAAAAGCAAAACCUGUACCUGCUCCAAAGGAUAAAGCAAAACCUGAAGCUGCUCCAAAGGAAAAGGUCAAACCUGUACCUGCUCCAAAGGAUAAAGCAAAACCUGAAGCUGCUCCAAAGGAAAAAGUCAAACCUGAAGCUGCUCCAAAAGAAGAAGUAAAACCUGAAGCUGCUCCAAAGGAAAAAGCAAAACCUGUACCUGCUCCAAAGGAUAAAGCAAAAUCUGAAGCUGUUCCAAAGGAAAAGGCAAAACCUGAAGCUGCUCCAAAGGAAAAAGUAAAACCUGUACCUGCUCCAAAGGAAAAAGCAAAACCUGAAGCUGCUCCAAAGGAAAAAGUCAAACCUGAAGCUGCUCCAAAGGAAAAAGUAAAACCUGAAGCUGUUCCAAAGGAAAAGGCAAAACCUGAAGCUGCUCCAAAAGAAAAAGCAAAACCUGAAGCUGCUCCAAAGGAAAAAGUAAAACCUAUACCUGCUCCAAAGGAAAAAGCAAAACCUGAAGCUGCUCCAAAGGAAAAAGUCAAACUUGAAGCUGCUCCAAAGGAAAAAGUAAAAACUGAACCUGUUGCAAAGGAAAAAGUAAAACCUGAACCUUCUUCAAAGGAAAAAGCAGAACCUGAAGCUGCUCCAAAGGAAAAAGCAGAACCUGAAGCUGCUCCAAAGGAAAAAGUAAAACCUGAAGCUGCUCCGAAGGAAAAAGUAAAACCUGAAGCUGCUCCAAAGGAAAAAGUAAAACCUGAAGCUGCUCCAAAGGAAAAAGUAAAACCUGAAGCUGCUCCAAAAGAAGAAGUAAAAGCUGUACCUGCUCCAAAGGAAAAAGUCAAACUUGAAGCUGCUCCAAAAGAAAAGGCAAAACCUGAAGCUGCUCCAAAAGAAAAAGCAAAACCUGAAGCUGCUCCAAAGGAAAAAGUCAAACCUGAACCUGUUCCAAAGGAAAAGGCAAAACCUGAAGCUGCUCCAAAGGAACAAGUCAAACCUAAAGAUGCUCCAAAGGAAAAAGUAAAACCUGAAGCUGCUCCAAAGGAAAAAGUCAAACCUGAAGCUGCUCCUAAGGAAAAAUUAAAGCCUGAAGCUGUUCCAAAGGAAAAAGUCAAAUCUGAAACUGUUCCAAAGGAAAAAGUAAAACCUGAACCUGUUCCAAAGGAAAAAGUCAAACCUGAAGCUGCUCCAAAGGAAAAAGUCAAACCUGAAGCUGCUCCAAAGGAAAAAGUCAAACCUGAAGCUGCUCCAAAGGAGAAAGUCCAACCUGUCCCUGUUCCAAAGGAAAAAGUCAAACCUGAAGCUGCUCUAAAGGAAAAAGUAAAACCUGAAGCUGCUCCAAAGGAAAAAGCAAAACCUGAGCUUGCUACAAAGGAAAAAGUAAAACCUGAACCUGCUCCAAAGAAAGAGGCUGAAGUUGCCAAGGAAAAGGCUAAACCAGCCCUACUUGAGAAGGAACCUGAAUCUGUUCAAAAGGAAAAGGCAAAACACAGAAUUGCUCCAAAGAAAGAACCUGAACUGACUCCAAAAGAAAAAGAAAAACCUGAACCUGCUCCAAAGAAAGAAUCUGAACCUACUCCAAAAGAAAAAAUAACAGCUGAACCUGUUCCAAAAGUAAAGGCAAAACCUGCUCAAAAGGAAACUGAACUUGCUAUAAAGAAAGAAAAGGCAAAACCUGAACAUGUUCAAAAGGAAAAAGCAAAACCUGAACCUGUUCCAAAAGAAAAAGUUAAACCUGUACCUGUUCCAAAGGAGAAGGUAAAGCCUGAACCUGCUCCAAAGGAAAAGGCUAAACCUGAACCUUCUUCAAAGGAAAAGGCAAAACCUGAACCUGUUCCAAAGGAAAAGGCAAAACCUGAGCCUGUUCCAAAAGAAAAGGCAAAACCUGAGCCUGUUCCAAAAGAAAAAGUUAAACCUGUACCUGUUCCAAAGGAGAAGGUAAAGCCUGAACCUGUUCCAAAGGAAAAGGCAAAACCUGAACCUGUUCCAAAAGAAAAGGCAAAACCUGAACGUGUUCCAAAGGAAAAAGUAAAACCUGUACCUGUUCCAAAGGAGAAGGUAAAGCCUGAACCUGCUCCAAAGGAAAAGGCUAAACCUGAACCUUCUUCAAAGGAAAAGGCAAAACCUGAGCCUGUUCCAAAGGAAAAAGCAAAACCUGUACGUGUUCCAAAGGAGAAGGUAAAGCCUGAACCUGUUCCAAAAGAAAAGGCAAAACCUGAACCUGCUCCAAAGGAAAAGGCAAAGCUUGAGCCUGCUCCCAAAAAAGAACCCAAAGUUCUAAAAGAGCAGAAAAAACCUGUUACAGUGAAAGAGGCUGAAGUUGCCAAGGAGAAGCCUAAACCUGUGCUGGUGAAGAAAGAGCUUGUUGCCAAGAAGGCUGAACCAGUCAUAGUGAAGAAAGAGGCUGCUAAGGAGAAGGCUAAACCAGUCCCAGUGAAGAAAGAGGCUGAAGUUGCCAAAGUGGCUAAACCAGUCCCAUUAAAGAAAGUGCCUGAGGCUGCAGACGUGAGGGCCAAACCAGUGGCUGUAAAGAAGAAGCCAGAAGCCCCGAUCCCUGUGGUGUAUCCCACUCCCAAAGAUAUGGGUGUGGAAGUAGAGUUGCUGAAAGCCAUCAACCAAAAAUUGUCUAUCCUGGAUUUACUGAGGAAGGACAUUGGUGAAAUAAGAUCUGACCUGGAGGUCACACAAAGCCAGAUUGAUCAGUUAAGGAUGGACAACCGAACCCUCAAAGAGCCCAAAGAUGUGAAGGAGAAAGUGAAACCUGCAGUGAUCAAGAAAGGACGUGAGGCUCUGAAAAACAUCACUAAAGCAGCAGCAGUAAAGAGCGGGCGGACCAUGAAGAACAUCACUCAACCAGCCACCACAAAGAAAGCAGAGGCUCCGACAGAGAAAAUCAAGCCCGAACCUAAAAAGAAAGAAAUCCCAAAGGAGAAAGUGACCCCAGUAAAGAAACCUGCAAAGAAAGAACCUGAGGCAGUCAAAGAAGAAGAAAAGCCCACCGAGAAAGAAGUGACCAAAGAGGUGAAAACAAAAGAAGAGCCUGAGGUGACCAAGGAGGAAGAAUUGGAAGAAGAGGACGUGCCCUACUUCCAGUGCUUCUACGUGGACGAAUAUGACAUGCAGUAUCCCUUCUUCCCGUUCUCCCCACCCUAUUUAUGACUGCCAAACUGAAACAAGUUCUGCGUCACACUAAGCGACCACAACGACAACCGUUAAAAGUGGUGGCCUCAUCUACCAGCGGAUACACGGCUGGUCCUCUAUAUCCACACCAACAAGAGCCGAGGGAAGUAUAAUAUAAUCCUCGAUGAGCUUUCAAAGACGGACCUGAUUCCUUUUCGUCUUAAAAUGACCAUAUUUCAGUAAGUUUGGUGUUUUGGAGGCAUCAGGCUGUCGUUUACCUUGCAGGCCUCGCUUGCGUUAAAGGGCCCAUAUGAUACAUUUGAUCGCAUUUGAUGUUUUUCCUCCAUUUAGGUCCAUUUAUCACAUUUAUUUGGGUCAUCAUUCAUUUUUAGAUGACCUCUUUCUAUCCCUCAGAAUCUAACCGGCAGUUUGUUAUUAUGUGUUGAAACACUACUUAUUAUUCCAGCAAGAAUGAACGGGGCUAAACGCCUUGUCAGCUGACUCGGCUGGAAUACGUAAAUAUAUGCAUGUUUUGUGACAUCACACAUGCGUAGAAUUCAUAACAGGCUGCUUUUACAGCUUAGUUUGCCCACAUGGACUGUGUGGACUACAUUUUGAAACUUUAAUAGUGAUUUUUUUUUUAUUAGAAACAGUCAGUUUUCCAUGGUAUGGGCCCUUUAAAGUGUUUUCCAAAGCCAGAAUGCAUUCGCAUCUCGUUUUCUGUUUAUUCAGUUGUAUGUAUUUUUAAUAAGGAAUGGAAAACUACAUGUCCGUGAAAACUCUGACAGGUGAAGGCAAAACAAAUCACUUGUCUGAUCACAGAAAACUUUGUGCUGUGGUGGAAGAUCAACUAAGCACGAGGUCAAGGUUUCAUAAGUAAACUGAUGGCCUCACUGGUACAGUUCCUCGUUUUGAUAGGGUGCUGAUUAAAGCAUUCCACUGUUUUCUAUCAAAAUGAUGGACAGAGAGGCGUUUCCUACAUCAUCCUUUCAACAGCUGAUGUGGCAUCAUGGAUCAUGUAGCCAAAUAUGUAGAAACCCAAGUCAGAAUAUAGAUUUUUUGAGCUGUUCAUGUUUUUUUAACACAGUGCGUCCCCAUGAGUGUCACUGCACUGAUGAGUGGAACCUGCGUUGCUUCUGAAAACUGAGCAUUGCUCCAUUUAUUUUCCUUAUGAAUUAAUUAUAAUAUUAAUUCCUUGUUAUUAAGAAUCAAUUUCCAUGCAUUCUUGUGUUAUUCACUCCCAUCGAUAUGUAUCGCUGGAAUGAUUACAGCUUAUAACAGAACUAUAACUUUAAGGAAAGAAGAAAGACGUGGUAAUUAUUGCUGAGAUCAGCAUUAAAGGGGAACGCCACUGAUUUUUCAGACUCUCUGAAUAAUUCAAUCAGUGAAAUGUAAAGUGGUUCACAGCGGUUUGGUGUGAAACGUUCUGUUCUAGUGAAACUCAUCGUGUCAGAAUCGUUCACAGUGGUGGUGAUGGGAACCAGACGUCCACCUCUAAAAGCUCCUCACAGAAAGUUCCUACGUGAACUGCUCAUGAAUGUCUGAGACGUUAUUUUACGGCAGGUUUGAGAAGGUUUAUGUUCACUUUGGUGGAAGAUGAGGUAAGGAAUAGAGAAAUAGUCCCCAAAGAAGCAAUAUUUUUCAGAUUUAUUGCUAUUUUGCCAUUUGAAAAUGACGUAUAAAACACUGAAGACUCGUGUGGGUUCUCUGGUGGUUCUGGAUAGUAAAUAAGCUGUAUUUGUGUUGUUGUCAUGGUGACCCC